UCCCAUGCUUGCUCGUGUUGCCCUCCGCUCGACGCUCUCGCGCCAUGCGCGUCGCUCCAUCUCGUCGUCGCUGCCCCGCUUCCUCGAGGUGAAGGAGCCCACGGCCGAGCAGGCCCAGAUGAUGAACAACGAGCUCGAGGUCUCGCCGCGUGUCCAGCAUGCGCUCAACCUCAUCUGCGAGCUCAACAUGAUCGAAAUCGCCGAGCUCUCCAAGGCCGUCCAGAUCAAGUUUGACAUCCCGGAAAUGGGCUUUGCCAUGGGCGGUGGCGGCGGCGGCGCGGCUGUCGAGGAAGAGGUCAAGGAAGAGAAGACGGCUUUCGACGUGAAGCUCGUGAGCUUUGAUGCCAAGAACAAGAUCAAGGUCAUCAAGGAGAUCCGCGCCAUCACGGGUCUCGGCCUCAAGGAAGCGAAGGAGCUUGUGGAGAACGUCCCGGCCGUGCUCAAGAAGGACGUCAAGAAGGCCGAGGCCGACGAACUCCUGGCCAAGAUCGCGGAGAUCGGCGGUGUCGGUGAAUUGGAAUAGAUGAUCGAUCCCUUGGUAGUUGUAGAGAACGCUUCUUUAUUACGUCAAAACACGACGAGUGUGAACAGGCGACAGCCACCCCGUUCGCCUUGGCGCUUGGACA